AUGAAGUCAUUUUCCGAUGACAUUAUCAAACGCCAUACAAAAACUGUAGGAGAAAGAAAUGAAGUUGACGAAGCUUUGACAAUGCUGAUAUUUUGCCAAGACGUACUUGGUCAAAAUCUACUUGGUCCUAAUUGGAGUUGGAAGAACAAAAUUGUCCAUCUAACUUUGUUCUUCCUUGUAUUGGUCCAUGUGAUCUUAGGAACAAUUGAGUAUUACAAUCUCAAGAAUAUGACAGAGGUCCACUUUAUGAGUCAAUGUUACUAUAAUGUGGCAAUGAUAUGUUUGUUAGCCGUAAAAUACGUGAUAUACAUCAGCAACAAAGAAAAUUUCCAAAAAGUGUACUUGCUUGCUAAGACGUCGUUGUUCAAAAUUACAAAGAUGUAUUCAAUAGCCGAAUCCAAGAAACUGUUGACAAAAGUCAAAGUGUAUGGAAAUAUUUUGAUAGCCGCUGUUACUAUUCCCUUGUCAGUAAACCUAUUAGCUGUAGGAUGGAAUUAUGCUCACAAUAACAGAGAGACUUUAUCGAAGUCGACAUCUACAUUAAUGCCAAUGUCGAGUCCAUAUUACGAGAUCGGUUUGUUGAUCCACGUGACAUAUUACUUGACAUGUGUAUUUACAUGUUUUGCAAUAGAUCUCUGGUUCAUCAUCUUGAUAUUAUUUUUCUGUAAAACCAGUGAUUGUUUAGUGUCGAUGUUAAAGAUUGAACAAGAUAGAUCUGUUGAAACAGAAAUGGAAUAUAUGGAUCGACUCAACGAGACACUGAAGACUUUUUAUAAGAAUCAUGUGCAUCUGAUGGAGUAUUUCGAAGCUUUAAAAAUUAUGUUCAAGUGGUCUAGUUUAAUUCCACUGGUGGGGGUUCUGAUCAAAUGGUGUCUUAUAUUAUUGUCAAUAACAGAGAAAAUGCAAUGGAGUUUUUUAGCCAACGCGAUGCCUGCUAUGUUGCAAAUUCUUGCAUACAACUGGUACGGCGAACAAGUCAGACUAAAGGGCUCGGAGCUAUCCACCGCUUUGCUAGGAUUCGAUUGGACAAGCAUGCGUAACAAAGAUAAAAAGAACUACCUUAUCAUUAUCUGCUACAUGGAAAAACAAUUUAGCAUCAAAACAGCUUUGGGCAAUGAUCUGUCUUUAGUAACAAUGACUUCGAUCUUCAAAGCGAGUUACCAAGUUUUCACACUACUCAGGUCAACAUAA